UUAUAAUAUUAUUUGCAUAAUAAUAUAUUAAUGUUUUUUUAUUAUUUUGUAUGUAGGUAGUAACAAUUUUUAAAAUUUGCAUUUCCAGCCUUCUGGAUUUGAUAUACCUAUUGGCUAUUAUCUUCGAACCUCAUACAGACAUACAGUAACUCAACCCCACCCAAAACAGAAGUUUUUGCAGUAACCCCAAUGUUAGCAGUGAAAAAAAGUGUUGGGGGGGAUCCCCCUCAUGAUGAUCAGGCCUCAUCACCCCUUAAUUACGCCCCUGAUAGUGCAUAAAAAUGAUAUUUUUAUUACUAUUACCAUUGAUAAUAAAUACUAUUUAUUAACACUAUUUAUUAUCAAUGCUAUUAGGUACCUAUUGUUUUUACGUAUUAUAGUUCCUUAUCAUGUUAAAAUAUGGAAAUAUUGUAAUAACUAAUAACUAUUGGAUAUAUAGCACAUUUUUAUUCACUAGUUGCAAUAGUGUGCUGUUAGUUUUGAUGAGUAUUACGUACUACAGUGAAUUGAUCUAUUAUCAAACGUUUAAGUACCUACGAUUUAAGAACAGUAUCUGUGCUUAAGCAUCAGCGACUUUUUCGAUAAUUUAAUUUUCAAGCAAGAUAUGGAUUGGUAUGUAAAAUAUCACAAAUUAAAAAAUGCUAAUAUCUCACUUGAAAAUUAAAAUAUCGAAUGAAAACCGACGCUUAAGCACAGAUAUUGUUCUUACAAUCUUACCUAAAAGUUUGAAUAGUUUGAUAAUAGGUCCAUUCACUCUAAUAUUAAAACUAACAGCACACUAUGAUAACGCAAAUUGUCCGUGUCGUACGUGUAGGACAGAGACAUCAAACUCAAGAGUAGGUAGCAUAUUAAUAAUAUAUUAUGCUAAAUAAAUGCCUAAAUAUUGUAUGGUGAUUGAUGAAUAUAUUAUAAUAGUUAAUAAUUAAUAAUUAAUAUAAUAUAAUAGUUGCAGUCAGUUGUAGUAGCCCUAGAUAUGCGCUAGCUACAUCCCCUCCCCCCCGUACAAGCAUACCCACCCACAUCAACCCGCUUGCUCGUUUCCAGUCUAUUACUCCAUUCUAUCUUAGUCCGUUGCAAAUUGUAAUAAUACUAGCGUAGACCGGCGUGUACAAGUUUAUUUGCUCAUGACCAGACAUUUGACAUAGUAACAUGACUACUCAGUACUCACCGAACAGUCAAGGUUAAUCAGUAAUUACAUAUUAUUCGAAUUCGAUAGUCAAUACACUCAAUAGGUACCGUUUGGCGUUUACCACGGUUAUCGAUGUAGAUAAGUGAAGCCAUGGAGUUUACCGAUCUAAAAUUAGUGGUGAAACCCGUGAAAUAGCCGUGUUAUUGAUAAUCUAAUGUUAUAUCCAAACAUCUAUUAUAAUAUAUAAGGCCUAUAUAUAUAUAUAUAUGUUAUAUACAUAAAUAGUAUUGACUAUUGAGUAUUUUAGUCCCUCCGAACAGUCCAAACCCAUUCUAAAAACAACUGAUGCGGGACGACUGAAUACGAUAUUACGAUAAGCAAGUAACGUGCGAGUGCCGGUUCGUGAACCGUCGUAGUGUGAGUGUCAUAGUAUUGUUGUAGUGUUGUCGCCUUGUCGGUGACUCUGUAGUCUGUUUUCUUGACUUUUGUCUAUGCCUGUGAAUAAUUGUGAUCACUGGUCUGCCCGCUGCCGUCUUCGUGACAUUAUAUUAUAAUAUUGUCCUGGCUCGACUCGCCUUUUGUGUUUUACGAUUUCCAUUGCGUUGUACAACUACCUAUUGCAACUACCUAUCUAGCCAACAAUCCAACAUCUUUAAAUUGCUGUAAUUUGGUGACUGUAGACAUUACAGCAUUAUCAUGUGGACUGUUGUUCAUUUUGUUAAGGAAAAUUCAGUUGAAGCAGUACCCAGCCAUUGGGUUAAAAAAUCAACGUGUGCGUGGCCAAAGAGGGAUAUAAAAAAACAUAUUAACAGAAGAACAAUUGUGAACAAAUAUGAUUUCAAUUAUUUUCCUUCAAGAAUUUUAAGAAAAGGCAUUGAUAGUCUCCAAGAAGCUAAAUUAAAAGCGAAAAUGGCUGAACACACUACCGAUCUUUCUACUAGUGAAGAUAUUCAGAAUAAAACUAGAAGGAGAAAACUUGUAGUGGAAGAUGCUCCUAUUUUUACUGGUUUAUCAAAUACAGAUGUUAUUUUGUCUAGUUCCGUGUGUGACUUAACAAAAUCAAAUACGUCACAUAAGAUAAGCCAGAAGAUGAGCUUAACUAGUCCUAAUUUAGAAGUUAGAAAAAAAUUAUUCGAUACAACCUCUUCUACUUCUAGCCAAAAUGAUUUUCUUAUAGCUAGUUUUAAUAAUAAGCAAAAAUAUGAUACACAGCAUUUAAGUUCUACUGUUUCUGGAAUAAAUGCUGCAAACUGUAAUGAAUCUUAUGAUUAUAGAACUUAUAUAGAUGUCCCAACCAGAAAUCAUGAUGAUUUUGAUAAAUUAGAAGUUUCUAAUUCGCAGGACUUCUUUGAAUAUAAAAAUGUUUCAUCAUCAGAUUCUAAUAGUUCUAUAGAAAUUAAAAAGCAAAAUUCAACUGUAGUACAUACUACAUCUUCUCCGUUCAAAGUGACUACUAUGUUGGAAUCUAUUCAAGUUGAAACUACUGCAGCAUUAAAUACCCUCGGACAUAAGGGUUCUGGUAUUAAAAAGUCUUUAGGUGAUAACUCUUCCGCUAUUUUCACACCAUCAUCUUCAGACCAAAACUGCACUACUCCUAACAUGAUUCCAAAUGUAUCAGGUUCCAAUGAUACAUUGAAAAAAAUUUUAAGUGUGGUUUUAAAAAUUAAAUAUGACAUUGAGAACCUAACGCAUAACCAGAAUAGAAUAGAUAAAAUGUUAAGUGAUGUAUUAACAAAUGAAAGAAGUGUUCAAGAGGAUUCAGUAACUGUAAAUUAUGAAAAUGAUUAUAGUGUAAUGUUGCCAUUGCACAACGAAGAUGCACUAAUUGAAUUUGAAAAUAAAUUAGUUAACAAAUCGUUCAGAUUAAAUGUUGUUAAUGGUCUAAAACGUUUAGUGAAAAAUUCCUUAGCAUCUACUAUAAAACAAAUGGUAAGAACCAUCUUUGAUGAUGAGCUAUUGCAAAAUUAUAGUUAUGUGGGUCAAAAAAAGAAAAAAAUAUUUUCAUCCUUGGCGUCAUGUGCUAUUAUUUUUGAAACUGUAAGAAGCAUGAAACUUUUUCAAGAUGUUCCCAACUCUAGUAUUGAAACGCCUAUCAAAAUUUAUAUUGCUGGAGCAGCAUUUCGCAAAAAAAAAAAUUAAUUAAAUACACAUAUUAUAUAGUAUAUACUUAUAGUAUGUAGGUUCAUGUACAUAUUGGAUUCUAAAUAAUUUGUCAUUAUACUUAUGAGCAUAUAAUAAAGUGUAG